AUGACGUCAUGGGUGCGGCCACUCAACGUCCAGCUCGGCUACCGCAUGCUGCAGCGUGACGGCCAGGUCGUCAUAUGGUGCAACAACAACGUCCAUGUCAAAAUCCACGAGCGGGCCAAAAAGUCGGCGACGUCACAGCCCGCAGCCGCAGCGGCGGCCCCUAGCGGCGGUGGCAGUGGCACCAGCAAGCAAGUUCCGGGAUCCAGCAGCCAGGGGGCAACCAGAAAGGGCAUUUUUGACCUCGCUGUCGCCAUCGACCAGCUCCUCAACCAGGGUAUGAAAGACACCUACGUCGGCCUGCUCAAGAUGGAACUCGAAACAGCGCCGCCGGCAGGUGGCUUCGAGUGGACGGUUCAAAAAACUCCGUUUCCCACCAUCAAAGUGAAGACGAACACAAGGCUGCACAGGCUGAUGACCAUGGUGCCCAGCCUGGGCGAACAAGGCCGUGAGUUAGUGAGACAGUCAGGGGCGCUCGCGAACGUGGAGGGAGCGGUUAUAAAACCCAUGUAUCCCGGAAAGGGGCAGAUCAAGAUCUAUGGUGCAGACAAGGAAACGCUUGCCGGCGUGACGAUGAUAGUUGAAUUUAAUAAUGUCGUGGCUUGAGAGCCCGG